UAAAUACAUAUCAAAUCAUUUUUAGCAUUACGCGAAAUACAUUUCAAAUCAUUAUUAGAUACGCCUUGUUGCUUCAACUUGUAACUUGUGGAAGAGGGAAAGACAAAGAAAGGAGAGGGUCACCUCGGUUAACAGUCUUUGUUCUAAAAUACUUUACUAAAAAGUAAAACCAUUGCAAGCAACGGAGUCGCUGCGAGUGAUAACGAGGGACAACACCAAACGAGAAUUUGUAAAAUUGAACACAGAAUUGAUAGUUCCCCAUAUUUAAGGCACUACUCUUAAGCAACAGCUGUUUAACACAUGUCACUAAAAAAACACAAGUCAGCUGAUCACAAGAACUUCUAUUAAAUUAUUAAAUCUAUACAAUUCAAGACUUACCUUCCGAAACAAAAACUUAGUUACAUCAUUUCAUAUGAUAGCUAUAACUGAAUCUUAAUAACUGAAACUAACCCCAAAAAAGAAUGUCGUCUGUUGUUAACGCAGCCAUACAAGAAACCGAAGAUCCUGUCGAGCAGAUGCUUAAGAAAACUGGUUGCAUUCAAUUGCAUUAUAAAGUACAAGAGUGCAUAGCGGAAACAGGGGAUUGGCGCCGCUGUCAAGAGGUGGUAAAAGAUUUUAAGCAGUGCAUGCAGAAGUAUACCGAGCAACAAAUGCAAAAAUACGCCCAGACAAAGUAA